GCAUAAAUAAAUAAUGUUAUCGCUAUCGCCUGCUCGUUUUACAUUUUAGCUUCGGUUGUGUUUUUUUUGUAAUUUAAUUACCGUGAAAUGUAAAUAUGAAGUGGAAUCUCGUUGCAUAUGCCAGCACAAAAUCAAAUCUACUGCGAAUUGACCAAAUUGGAUGAGAACAGACGCAACGCAAAGGCCCACACCGAUCCAGUAGAGGAAUAUCCGAGGCGCAUUGUGUGGAUAGAUCGGGUCGAAGACAACAGAGGGACGGGAGGGACGACGACGGCGACUACGACGACGGUGUGGUGGUGAGGCGGCGCGGCGCGGUGGUACGGACGCAGCACAGAAUGGAUGUUGAAAUACCUGUUUUGGCUGGAUAUCUUAAUGUUCCAACACAAACUGGAUUUUCGCUAAAUCGCAUCUCAAAAAAGAAACCAUGCAGUCGAUAUUGCCUGCUGUUCAAGGCCAGUCGCCAUGGCAUUGCCCGCCUGGAGAUGUGCGAGAACAAGGACGACAAGAAUCCGAAGAUAUUCACGCUCGAGAAUUGUGUAAAGAUCACACAGGACCCACCGCCGGACAAGCUCAUUCACAUUGUCAAGCGCAAUGGCACACUCACCGUCAACACCAACAGCGAUGAGGAGCUCAAGGAUUGGAUCACAGCCCUACAGACGGUCGCCUUUUGUGACACAGCCGCCGGGGGACAUGCCGUUCAUGGAGGGGCCAUCGAGGAGGAUAACGAUCUGUAUUGCAGCUCAUUUGAUGGCCUGUUCAUGAUUACGCUGAUACCCUCGGAGGCGUCCAUACGCUGCAGCAUUGAACCGAAGACGUACAUGCUGCAGAUGACGCCCACGGAGCUGCAACUGAAGUCGGAGGAUCUGAAUGUAACGAUUGCCAUGUGGCCGUAUCGAUUCAUACGCAAGUACGGCUACCGUGAUGGAAAGUUCACCUUCGAGGCGGGCCGCAAGUGCACCACCGGCGAGGGUGUCUUCACGCUGGACCACACCAAUCCGCAGGAGGUGUUCCGCUGCAUGUCCGCCAAGAUGAAGUCGAUGAAGAAGCUGAUCAGCGGCGACAGCCUCAGCACGAUCGAGUGCGGUGAGAAUCAGUUCAGUGCCGCCGCUGGCAUGGAGCCGGGCUCACGCAGCCCCUUGCCGCCAUCGCCAUCGAGCAAUCCGCACGCUGGCGAAUUCGAAAUAAAUUCGACACAGAGCUGCAUAUCGUUGCGGGGAUUCAUUAGCUCGAAUGAUUCGCUGAAUAACUUUGCGGCGAGCAACGGCAGUGGCGGAGCGGCGGGCUCAGCGGGCGGCGCUGGCGGUGUCGUCGCCUCCGUUACCCUCUCAGUGCCGCCCAACAGCAGCAAGCACAUUCCGAACAAGCCGCCGCGCAAGCUGGGCGGCCUGGUGCCCGUCAGCGGUCCUGGCAGCCAAAACCAUUGUGAUAAAUACAAGAAUAUUGUGAAAUAUGAACCUGUGGCCAUAACGACAUCCUCGCCCUCGGAUGCCAACAGCAAGAAUGGCGGCGGCAGUGGCUCCUCCAUGGUCAUACUGAAGCCGCCCUCGCCGGAGACGAUCGCCUCGCGCUCGGGCAGCACCUCGAGCAUCUCCAGCACACCGCCGGACCUGCCGCUGCGCAACGAGAGCACCAAGCCGCAGCUGGAGCGCGACUACGAGUGCAUCGAGAACAUAACGGAGGCAUGGCGCACACGGGGCGUCGGCGAUGUACGGCACUGCGAGCGCAUACCCUCCAUACUCUGCGACACAUCGGACUUUGUCCGCCAGCGAUCCGUGUCCAAGCACAAGGAUCUGGCGUCCAAGUCCAGUGGCAGCAGCACCACCAAGAUCAUCGACAUCGACAUUGGCGAGGGCGUAACGUCGUCACCAGCGACACCCAACAACAGCGUCGGCGUGCUCAUGUCCUCAUCGGACUCCAACUACGAUCGCUUGGACUUCCUGUCGCCCAACAACAAGACAUCCAGCGGCUACAAGACCAUUGUGAAUGUCACGCUGCCCGUCAAUCGAUUGCGCUGCAGUCCGCCGCCGCCGAACGAGUACGAAUUGAUUGCUAGUCCCGAUACCGAGAGCUUUCGCAAGGCCGAUGAUAGCCAUUUGGGUUACGGCGUUUUACGCAAAUCAACGAAUGCCAAUAAUAAUAAUAGCAGCAACAACAACAACAUUGGAAUCUCUAGCAACAACAACAGCAACAGCAAUGCAACAACGAACAAAAGCAACAACGAAUCUGCCUUGGAUCAUCGCAGCUACAAUGGUCUGAACUACACGAUUGUCAGCAAACCGAAAAGAGUGUAGACUGUGUGUGUGUGGAGGGGUCAGGGCGGGGCAGUGUGGCAAGAAAGUUCCGCUCCCUGCGUGCAAGCUUGUUUCAGAGCGACAGGCAUACCCGAAUCUCUGCUUUCUCUAACAUUUAUCCAGGGUUAAGGCAGGGCAAGGAAAGGGCCGCCACACACAAACGAAGCCCUGGAUAAUCUUAAAGAAACAUUCCUCAAGCAUCUCCCACAAAUCGAAUCGAAAAUCUGUUUUUUGUUUGUCUCUUUUUUCUGUUUUGUUAAAUUUAUAAUCUGUGAUUAUUUUUGUUAAUUAGUUGCCAGCUCUGAAACGGGACUCUGCAUUUUUCCAGCUAAUGUUUAGGCAAAGUUUUUACCACUGCAAGACUGUGUGUCCUUUCGCUUAUGCUAAAUUUGUGCACCGGGUAGCGUUUGUGCUGGCACACAGUAGAACCGCUUCAAGCCAUCAAACAGUCCUUAGAUGUAUUUAAUUCUUUAAUUCCUUUUUGGUAUUUAGUUAUAAAUAGCUGCCAUAUAUCAAGUUUGUUUUGAGUUUGAUUUAAAACAAAACGUUCGAUAUUUAAGUAUGAAAUUCCUACAGAAAAAAGUAAUUUAAAGCUGCCAUCCGAUGGGUUUGUCAUAAAAACUGCCAUAGAAAGAACUGAGAUCAAAGCACAAGGUUCCACAGGGGUUUUCCUUCCUUCUUCUUUCAUUUUUGUUCAGUGUAAAUAAUUGUCUCACAGCAUCCCCCGCCAGUUAGCACCGUUUAUCUUUGCCUCUUCUCAUGCUUGCCACACUGUCUCCACUCCACGCACCCAGCACCACUGACGCACCCUUUGGCCCACUCAUUCCCGAAACCCACGCAACUCCUCGCAACAUUUGAGUUCUCAAACCAGGCGCCAUCAUAGCAGGAUCGUUGUAAACGACAUUCACCCUUUUUUUUUCUCUUUACGUAUUAUGCCGAUAUGUCACAAAAGACAACAACCAAAUGCACAUUUGGGGCAGCAACAACAACAACAAAAAACG